GGUGAUGGAGAGAGGUGUAGUGGGCGAGCGAAGGGUCCAGUGAGGGAGAGAGGUCAGUAAUGGAGGGAAAGCGGGGAGGGGGAGAUAGAGAGAGAGAGGGGGAAGUUUGUGGUGAGCUAUUUUCUGGCACCGCUAUGGAUAUCGUAACUGCUUGCGUGGGUGAGGUUCAUGCGAAAGCGAUCGAAAUUCAGGAGCUGCGUCAUCGUCGUGGUGAUGGUCAUGGCCUCGAUUUUAAGUUUAGCCGCCGUGUAUCGCGUGAGUCUGCUCGUCAUUAUCUGGUGAAGGCGGACGGGGAGCUGGUUUUGAAAUUAUGCAUCGGUUUGGGGUAUUGUGAGGGGUUAUUAUGUGAGGUCACGGUUUAUGUGACGAAGAUGUCAUCUAAUAUACCUGAUGAGGUUCCGAGCAGCGGGGUGGAUGUGCUGGCGGAGAUGGUUGAACUUGCGACAAGUGACAUACUGCAGGAGCAUGCGGAUCAGCAAAUUGAUUUUGUGGAGUGGGAGGCAAUACUCCAGUUGCCUUUACGUGGACACCAGUAUAUGCGUGGAGUGCUGCGGGGGUCGUCGAAGGCCGCGCGUCAUUUCACGAAGUCGAAGUUCUGCAAGGCUGGGGGGAUGAGAGUUCUCGCGGAACUCUGGAACGGCACGGACUACACAUUUGUGUCGUCCACUGCUGAGCGGGUGCAGAGGUGGAUGGCAAACGAGGGCAUACGGGACACGAGAGCAUCCGCGGGUGGCCACAGACAGCGGAUGGACGACGCAGAGAGGGACGACAUUCAGGACGCCCUCGAUGAGGAGGAGGGCCGCGAGGGUGAGGCCAGGGAGGGGGCGGUUGCAGACGAGGCAGACGAGAAAGUCGGAGAGCCUAACCUGCCAGGGGAGGAGGUGGUGAUGACGUCGAGAGGCGUUGGUCGAGCGGGUCCUGCUACUAGGGGGCCGCGAGCUGAGGUGGAGAGCGCGAGGAGGGAGAAAAGGACAGUGGGGGAGAAGUUGGCCGAGUUCACAGACGUGUGGCUUCAGUGGAUCUACGUGAAGAAGUUGCCAUUCAACGCCUUUCGUGGUCCGGAGUUCCAGAGGGUGUGGCAGGCAGCAGAGAGAGUGCCUCGCUCUAUCCAGUUCCGGUUUCCCUCCUACAGGGUUACAGCGGGCGCCGGUAUCCCUUCGCAGAGGGCGAAGGUCGCGACUAUGGUGAGCGAGGUGCGCGCCACUUUCCGGCACAGCGGUGCCACUAUCCUUUCCGACGGGAGGAAGUCGCGCAGCGGCAAGCCGCUCGUGAACUUCCUCGCUGGGGGCGCCAAUGGCACCCUGCUGUACGCCACCGUCGCACGUGACGGGUCGGUCCGAGACACAGCGGGCGUCGUGUACCGUAGGUGGCGGGCCAUCAUCUUGUUCUUUCCUGCAAAGAACGUGAUCGGCUUCUGCACAGACUCCGCCAGCCGACGAGACGCGUUGGAGAGCAUGUUGCACGGGGAUGCUUGGGCACGCAUCCCGUGGGAUCGCGCCCACGUAUCUCAGGCGCAGUGGGUGCAGCAGCAGAUCCGGGAAGGGGAGUUUUGGCAGCGUGUCCAUUACGCCAUCCUAGUCAUGUCGCCCAUCCACCAGCUGUUGCACAGGAUGGAUAGAGGUGGGAUGAUGAUGUCCGUCGUUUACGAGUGGAGUCAGCAUCUGCUGCAGUUGAUGAGCAGGGUCGACGUGCCGACGGACAUGAACGAGCCAUGCGUGCGUGAGGUUGCCAUUCGCAACCUCCACAUGCUAGAGCCCGCACAUGCCGCGGCCCACCUCCUCAACCCUCGUCGACGGUCCCUCACGUAUUACCAUUCGCUGGAGACGACCGCCGACGACCGCCGUGUGGUCGAGGAGUGCGACAGAUUUCUCCUGGCGCAGACCGGCGGCGAUCCGGUCGGCUUAUUGUACAGGAGCAUGAGGGACCAGAUGAGGGCAUUCCACUCGAGGCGAGGGGAUUGGGGAGAUCGUGACCUCUCCGAUGUCGAGGCGGCCGAUUGCAGGGGGGACAACGAGACCGAGCGAUGUGCAGCGUGGUGGUUUGAGCAUGGACGUGCCCACCCGGAGUUGCGCACCAUCGCCAUCCAUGUCAUGCACUUGUGGACGUCUGCCUCUCCAGCGGAGAGGAACUGGCCGGAGCACGGCGAGGCGCUGCAAGCUUGGGUUCGCCAAGCUUGCACAGCAGGCAGCAGAGCAACGGAGCUGCGACCGUGGGCGGAGGGUGGGGAUGAUGUGGACGUUGCUGUGGCAGACGACGACAUCGACGACGACUGGACUGACAAUGAUGACACGCCGCUGAGUCGCGACCCGACGGCUGAGCGAGUGCGAGUGGCAGCAGUAGAGUCGGCGGUGGUCAUGGAGGAAGUUCGCAUGGACGACUCGGGGGAGCAGCAGCCACGGGGAGGUCUUCGGCAGACAGGCAGGCGUUGGGAGGUUAGGAGCGACGGCGAGGCCGAGGGGGAGGCCGAGGAUGAGGAGGUGCCCCUUCGCGAUCGUCGCUGCUCUCCCUCCCAUCAUCCGAUCUCUGCACAACCCGAGGCACUUAGGCGUUCGGAGAGGUUGGCGUCGACAGCAGGCAGAGACCAGACACAUGACGACAAGGAUCGUGGGGGGGAGAGGACUCCUUCCGACGUCGGUAUCCGCCCGCGCUCGCCGUCGGCGCUCCGCACACAGGACUUCAAGGACAUAGGGCUUGGUGGGAGCUUGGGAGAUUUCAGUGUCGAGGGACGUCGACGUGCCUCACUGCAGGAGGUGCGCACAAACGCGGACGUUGAGCGGGGCCCUGUUGAGACUGAGGAGGAGAGGGAUGCCCUUUUGGACCGAGAGGAGGAGGAGCGGCUGAGGAGUUUGCCACGGUGGGAGGUUCGGUUCGCGUAUCUGGACGAGCAGCGUCGGCAGAGGGACUUGGAGACAGGUGGGGGGGGGAGCCGUGACGUCGACGACUUGGGUGUCCUUGAGGAGGCAGUUCAGGGGGAGUUCGAUUAUGAGGGGCAGGAUGCCGCCGCGGGUGGUGGGUCAGGUGGUGGACGACGCGGCGACGAGGAGACCGCAGGUGUCCCUGAGGGGCAGGAUGUUGUCAUGGGCAGUGGGUCCCCUAGUGGGGGCCGUGGCGACAGCGAGACCGCGGGUGAUGAGGGACAGGGUGCCGCAGUGUGCGGCAGAGGAGAGGGUGGACCCGGUGGAGAUGGGGAUACCGCGGGUGUCGGUGGAGACGAUGGACCGGACGACGACGAUGACGACGACCACGGUCCCGAGGACGAUCCGUAUAGGAUCGCCUUGGUGUUGAGGGACCCCAGAGUGCCUCCCUUGCGCCCUGACGACACAGCGCACACUUUCUUCGACUCCGACGCUUUGGCGCAUGCAUUGACGGAUGACCCUUUUGCACACGUGAGCCGCAAGAGCGGCAAGCAGCGGGCCCCUGGGAGGGUAUAUUCACCGCCGCCGUUCACAGUGCAGAGCCCUCACUGGUCAGGUUCGUCGCUCAGCGGCGUUAGAGGGAGGGAGUCCCAUGCGGGUGAGGUGGGGUCCGGCAGACGCAGCGACGACGGCAGAGAUAGUGCAGGAUCGAUGCCUCCACCGCCCGCACGGACUCCGGAGGCCAGAGUCGACACCGGGGACCGGACGGUGGCACCCGGAGUUGCACACAGUGGCGGUUCCCCGCCACCAGCCCGAGGAGGUGUGGGUGGCGGAUGGUCAGCUGUUCGUCGGGUUGGGGACCGGUUGCGGGCGGAUUACGACGCCGGGAGGGGCGUCUUCACGGGACGUACGCCUGUUCAGACGCAGGCUGCGGAGGGUGGGUCCGGACGUCCGAGCCUGCACAUGGCAGGCCGCAUGCUUGGUUUGUCAUGAGCGGAGACGAGGAGAUCAUUGGUCCUCGAGGCCGCAGGGACAUCCACGAAC